AGUUGCAACUUUCCAUUCUUAUCAAUGGCGAUAAAUCGAACAGCUCCAAAGUGAAAGGAAUAAUGCUGGGGUCGUUUUACGCGUUGUUGGCGGGCUGUUUGGGCAGUGCUGCGUCAUUAUCUGCUAAACUAACUCUCGGUGCAGACUACCUGGAGGAGAUGUGUCAAGUUACACUGAGCACGUUUGAAACACACACUGGAUCUACAGUCUGUCACUGGCUCCACAUCCCCCUGCGGCUGCUGUGCGUGGGCCUGAUGCUGGCUUGCAAUGCUACCAUGUGGACCUUCUUCUCCAAGGCUCUCCGCUACUGCUCUUCUUCAGCCAGAGCCAGCGUCACCACCACCGCAGGCAACUUUAUUUCAUCGGCUGCGCUGGGGAAGGUGAUUUUUGGAGAAAGUCAAGUACUUCUGUGGUGGGUGGGCAUCUCUCUCACGUUGUGUGGGCUGCUGGUGCUUCACGGUUCCACACCUCAGCCACAGGAGGACGGCAAGAAGGACUAGUUUCCCAAUCUCUCACACCAAGCUGCUUCUUCAUGCUCUUGCAGUCCAUUCCAGCCAAAGAGCUCCCUGGGACCUUUAGUUUUACUUACAUCUCUAGUUCAACUUCAGAUCUGUCCAUAUAGUUAUUUCGUCAUGUUUUAUGCCCUUUUUGUAAAAAAAAACAAAAACGUUUUGGUAGUCACAAAACAUUAAAUAUUUUCCUAAAAGGAAUUUCAAAGUAGAAUAUUUGAUAUGAGGUAAUUUGAGCCUGGUAUAGGUCAGUAAUUUAUAACAUUUUUUUUAAGAGCCUUUAAAAAAAAAAAAAAUCACUAAAGGUUGCAGGGACCCAAAACGGUCCUGCUCAUUAAAGUGUUAUAAGUCAUAAUCGUAUAUAUAUUAUUUACUUACAUCUCUAGAACUACUGUAUCUGUCCAUAUAAAGUUUUUAGUCAUGUUUUAUGCCAUUUUUGUAAAAAAACAAAACAAAACAAAACAAAACAAAAAACUCCUGUUUUUCUUAAAUCACAAACACGUAAAAUAUAUCAAUAAUUCAUAACAUUGAUUUUGAUGCCUUAUUAUUUUUUGUGCAAAGACUCAUGUUCUGCACCACAGAGCCGCGUUUUGUCACAAUUGUCUCCCGGUCGUUGGGGUGGCUGAAGAGUGACCCCUGAGUAGUUCCGCCACUGAUGAACACAUGGAAAGGAGUCAUGUUGUAGCCAGUCACAGCAACCAACUACGGUGCGUUCAAGGACCAACAAACAAAGUGCAAAAACUCAACUCAAUGCUUGAGGGAAAAACAUCAUCAGUGAAGCAUGGAGACAUAAACAUGUCAAAAUGGUAGUACACAUAUGGAGAAAGUCUUGUGUAUAACAUGAUUACAAAAAACAGCAAAAAUGGGGAAAAAAUGAGCAAAGAGUGAAGUUGAUAUAAUAAUGUGCUUUUUCUCCUACAUGACAAAGCUAAGAUGAAAUAUAUAUAAGUUGUUAGCCUACCUACAUGUGUUGCUUUACUAAAUAUCAAAGUGGCAAAAUUGCAUGUAGGCCUGUCACAAUAACAAUUUUUUCCCCGGUCGAUAAUUGUGCUACAAAUUAUCAUUGAUAAUCGAUAUUACUGACAUUUUUGAGACCCUUUUUCAUGAAUUGUCAUGAUAGGUGUAAGUCACAUUUGAACCACUACAUGGUACUCAGGUAUAGCGCACAGAAAACGUCUUUAUGACCUGUUUAUAAUACACUUUUUAACAUGAUUAGAGCCCUCCAGACAUGAAAUAACACCCCUAUUGUCACUUUUACACUCCUAUUACCCAAUAUAGUAAAAGACAAAAUAAGACAUAAUAUAGAUUCACCCAUGAUAGCAUUGGGAAAGUUCCUUGUUUUUAGGGUUUCUGUACAGUACUUCCUGUGGGGGCUACUGUAACAUUACUGACACCUAGUGACCCAUGUAGAAUACUACAUAUGUGUCUUUGAAUGCAUUUUAGGAAUAUUUUAGUUAAUUUGGUCAUUUCCAAACAGCGAUGAUUCAUUCAUGGAAUGUUGCCCAUCAUCCACAAUCCUUAUGUGAGACAUGAACACAUUUUUCUCUUUUCUGUGCCUUCUAAAGAUCAAAAAACGGGUAAAAAGAGGCAGGUAAUUAAUGCACGUCAUAGGACACACCUAUUAAAACACCUCCAAAAAGCUCCAACAAGGUUUUAUGGUUUUAUAUCCAUUAUAUAAUCCAUAUGUGUUUUUGUCCCCACUCCCUACUAAUGCAUUUCACUUCAGAGCAAUUUUAAGCCAUAAAAACGGCCACAAGGUGGCAGAAGUGCAUUUGAUAAGCACAGCAUAGAUCAUGUGGACUGAAGAAUCACACAUCAUAGCAAGGAGGAAGUGAGAGAGCAUGGAGGAGUGUAGCUUGCAGAAGGUUACACAUUCUGUAGGGAAACUUUAACACACGCGCAUGCACAUGUGCGCGCACACACAGUUUAGUCCCAAAUGUGAAAACUGUAAAUAGUUGAUGGUGUUAUAUUUGUAAAUACGUUAUUUUGAUAUUUUUUGUGUUGUAUAGUUGUUUACAUAUUUAAGCUGUCACAAAAGUAAAAAAAUAUUUGUGUCAAAGCGAAAGUUAUGCUUGAAAUGUAUCUUUUCACAAAAAGCUGCUUUUCUCCCUUUUGUAGUCAGGAACUGAUAUUUUCCUGAAACUUACCUACUGUAUGUUCUACUGCUGAUUACUAAAGAAUGGAA